AUGGCCAUUGCGCGCAAAGUUGUCGUUUCCGCUCACGGCGAGGGCGUCAUCCUUCAUACGGCACCUUCCAAGACCCAGCGCUCAUCCCAGCAGUUUUUGAUCAAAUAUGCAGACGGUGCGAUCGCGCAGCUACCGCGUGACAAUGCGACCGGUCUCACGAGCUCCUCGCCGUCGUUUGAAGCCUUUGGUGUCAUAGGUAUCAUGUCUGUGUUGGGCCAAAACUUCCUCAUUACUAUCACACGUCCCGAGGCCGAAGCGUCGGUUGUGAAAACGGCCCAAAAUCUCACAAAGGAGGCUAACGAGAAGGCGCUCGAGGACAGCGACGCCAUCGAAGACGAGGAAGAGGAGGUGCCGCGCCAUAGCGACGAUGUCGACGAUAUUGUGCACGUCGAGCGCAACCCCGAGUCUACCCCGUCGGGGGCGAACCCGUCACAAGCACCCAAGAAAGGGUGGGCUCUCGACCAGCAGCGGACCAUGGGCCUGAGCAGGCCGCCGGUGGAGCAGGACCCUGCACCUGUCGCGGCCAAGCAGCCGCGAACCUCCGAGGAGAGCCGUGAGGGGAUGGCGACCAGCCUCCUCCCGAAACUCUUGGCCACCGCCGAAAUCCUGUUCGGGUCGUCCAAGAGCUUCUUCUUCUCGUACGAUUUCGACAUCACGCGGCGCUGGGGAGAGGCCAAGCCCUUUGCGCCCGAGAUCCCCCUCUACGCCCAGGUGGCCCCCAUGUAUUUCUGGAACAGCCAUCUGCUCCAGCCCUUCCUCGCCGUGGGGGCAGAGUCCGUCGCUUUGCCCCUCAUGCAGGGAUUCAUCGGGCAGAAAUCAUUUGCCAUGGACAGCCAGCCCCCGCAGGUCGACGACUCCGAGCCCGAAGCAAUGGAAAUGUCGACCCUUUUGGUCAGCAACUCCGUUCCGACAUCGCCGCCGAGCGAGCCAGUCAAGGAACUUCCAGAGCGCCGACCAACCGAGAGAGACUUUUUGAUUACCGUCAUCUCCCGUAGAUCAACGAAGAGAGCCGGCCUCCGCUACAUGCGAAGGGGCAUCGACGAGGACGGGUACACCGCGAACUCGGUGGAGACGGAGCAGAUCCUUUCUACGCCUUCGUGGAGCUCGUCUCCGCCCGCCGGGACUAAAGUCUACUCCUUCAUGCAAGUCCGCGGGAGUAUUCCCGUUUACUUUACGCAGUCUCCGUAUUCUUUUAAACCAGUCCCGGCCAUCCAGCAUUCCCGAGAUGCAAACUACAUGGCCAUGAAGAAACACUUUGAUCACCUCAAGCAAGCUUUCGGUUCCGUCCAGCUCAUUAAUCUCGUUGAGAAGCACGGCCCAGAGGCCAUCGUGGGCGGGGCCUAUGCCGACCAGGUCGAACGUUUCAAUCGAGAGGCUUCCGAUAGCAGCAAGGUAGCUUUUGAGUGGUUCGACUUCCACGCCGUCUGCCGUGGUAUGAAGUUUGAAAACGUCAGCCAGCUGUUGGAAAAGGUAAAGGGUACGCUGGACGAGUUUGGGAGCACCGCUGAAGCGGAUGGCAAGGUCGUCGCCAAGCAAAAGGGGGUUAUGAGAACGAAUUGUAUGGACUGCUUGGACCGAACGAACGUAUGCCAAAGCAUGUUUGCAAAAUAUAUGCUCGAGUCGCAGCUGCGCGAGGAGGGUUUCGAUAUGAGCGCCCAGCUUGACCAAAACGCCUGGUGGUUCAAUAACAUAUGGGCAGAUAACGGCGAUGCCGUGUCAAACCAGUACGCCUCUACCGCAGCGAUGAAGGGUGACUACACUAGGACGAAGAAGCGUGAUUAUCGCGGGACCCUCAAUGACUUGGGCCUCUCCAUCACAAGGUUUUAUAACGGGCUCGUGAACGAUUACUUCAGUCAACUAGCCAUCGACUUUCUCCUAGGGAAUGUCACGGCCCUCGUAUUCUCCGAAUUCGAAGCGGACAUGAUGACCAAGGACCCAGCCGUAUCCGUGGUGAAGAGGAGGGAGCAGGCGAUAGAGCUUUGCCAGGACCGCGUAAGCCAGCCGCUCGAGGAGUCCAUUCUCCUGCUGACGGACGCAGCCCUCUACCUAUGCCGCUUCCACUGGGACCUUGACAGGGUCGCGUCCUUUGAGCGCGUCGACUUGGCCCACGUCGUAGGGAUCAAGUUUGGCACGUACAUCACGUCUACGAUCUCGCCCGUGCACAUGGACGAGGAGAAGAACGUGGGAUGCGUGAUAUCCUACGAGCCUGGAAAGUACGACUUCAAACGAACAAACACGCGGACUCUCGCGAACCUCGAGGGCGCGCGCAAGUCACACCAGUCGCCCGAUUUCGGGAGCGGCUCGAUAUCGGGAGGGUUCGCGAGCUUCUUCUCGGGCGGGAAAACGCGAGAGGGCCCCGUCAUACGCAAGAUUGCGCUCAAGGCUCCGUACUCGCAGUCUUCCCUGGCCAAGGACGGCGACGACCUCCGACAGACAGAGAUCCAGCAGAUCGUCACCAUGUGCUCCGAGAUCGAGAGGCUGGCGUUCAAGGCACAGGGAAAAGACCCGUCUGAGGAGAAGGGCAUGAUUGAGAAGGAAGAGAUCAUCUCGCUAGAGGAGGCGAGGCGAAGCACGGGCUUGCUAGAACAGCUGGGGCAUUCGAUCAAGCGCAUGGUGUGGGCGUGA